CUACCAUCUCAAACAUACAUUCUCUCUCACCUCAAAUAUACCUCGCUGCGAAUCUCUGUGUGUAAGAAACACCGGAAUCUGAAAUGGGAAGUUUGAAAGAAGAGAGGAAAACAACCGGAUGGGCUGCCAGAGAUCCUUCCGGCGUUCUCUCUCCAUACACCUUCACUCUCCGAAAUACAGGAGCAGAAGACGUGUUGAUAAAGGUCAUAUGCUGCGGAGUUUGCCAUACUGAUCUUCAUCAGAUCAAAAAUGACCUCGGAAUGUCGAAUUAUCCCAUGGUUCCAGGACACGAAGUAGUAGGUGAGGUAAUGGAGGUGGGACCGGAAGUCACCAAAUUCAAGGUCGGCGAUUGCGUCGGAGUUGGGUGUCUCGUCGGAAGUUGUGACAGCUGCCGCCCCUGCAAGGCGGAUGUUGAGCAAUACUGCAACAAAAAGAUAUGGUCCUACAACGACGUCUACAGUGACGGCAAACCCACUCAAGGUGGCUUCGCCGGCUCCAUGGUCGUCCACCAGAAGUUUGUGGUUAAGAUACCGGAGGGAAUGUCGCCGGAGCAGGUGGCACCCCUACUUUGCGCCGGAGUGACUGUUUACAGUCCAUUGAACCACUUUGGGUUGACCGGGAGUGGACUAAAAGGAGGUAUACUUGGGCUUGGUGGGGUAGGACACAUGGGUGUUCUAAUAGCCAAAGCCAUGGGACAUCAUGUUACUGUGAUCUCUUCUUCCGACAAAAAGAAAGAAGAGGCCAUCGAUGUCCUUGGAGCUGAUGAUUACCUCAUCAGCUCCGAUAUUACAAGGAUGCAAGAACUAGCAGAUUCAUUUGAUUACAUUAUUGACACAGUACCCGUACACCACCCACUCGAGCCAAGCCUCACUUUGCUCAAACUCGAUGGCAAAUUGAUCAUCAUGGGUGUCAUCAAUGUCCCUUUGCAAUUUAUCUCCCCUCUUCUCAUGCUUGGAAGAAAAACGAUUACUGGAACCUUUAUUGGUAGCAUGAAGGAGACACAAGAGAUGCUCGAAUUUUGCAAGGAGAAAGGAGUGAGAUCCACAAUUGAAGUUGUGAAGAUGGACUAUGUCAAUACUGCGAUGGAUAGAUUGGUCAAGAAUGAUGUUAGAUAUCGGUUUGUUGUAGAUGUGGCCGGCAGCAAACUUGAAGAUGAAUGAAUGAAGGGAGAUACAAAAUUAAAUACAAAAACAAACACUUUCAAUCUUGUAUUCGGUUGACAAACGAGUGUGACAAUGUUGUAAUUUUCAAUUGUGUUGAUGUAACAUUAGAAAUAUAAGAAUUUUAUUGAUGGUUGAAAUAAUAUAAACUUUAAUGAUAUGAGAUGCUUUUGGUGA